AUGGCACCGGCUUUAUUGAUAAACGAUGGCGGCAGUUUCAAUCCCGCAUCCCAGAGCAGCGUCUCACGUGAAACGAUGGAUCAAGCUCCUGCACUAGUCACUUCUCGCAGCCGUCGAGCCCGCCGAGGUUGCGAUCAUCUCGGUAGUCCUUUACUCAAACGCAGUGCAAGGGGUCCUCCGUUGUUCCUGGAAGGCGCCGAGGGCAACUGGCUUUCGGUAGUAGAUGGAGAGAAGGCCUGGAAGAUCUUUGACGCAUCUGGAGGUGCCGCUGUAGCGAACAUUGGUUAUAAGGACGAAAGAGUGUUUGAGGCUAUAAGGAAGCAACAAGAGUCCGGUGUUGGGUAUGCCGCAUCGAUGAGUUUUUACACUGAGAUAGUGGGAGAUUUUGCGGACUUUCUUCUUGAAACAACCGAUGAUAAGUUGAAAGAAGUGGUGUUCUAUGGUUCUGGCUCUGAAGCUAAUGAGGCAGCACAAAAGCUAGCCUAUCAGUAUCACUUCAAAUUGAAGCCGAAUCCGCAACCUCAACGCACCUGGUUCAUUGCUCGCGAUCGUUCCUAUCAUGGAACGACUCUUGGGGCUCUCGAGACCAGUGGACACAAGGCCCGCAAAGAGGUUUAUUUACCGAUAUUGCCUAAGAAGACGCAGUUCAUAUCCCCUUGCAAUCCUAGCCGCGACAUGAACAAGGGAGACUCGGUGGCUCAAUACGUUGGGCGACUUGCAGAUGAGUUGGAGCGCAAGAUUCUUGAUCUUGGCCCUGAAACAGUAGCAGGCUUGGUGAUGGAGCCUGUUAGUGGCGCGUCACUCGGAUGCGUUCCCGCAUUACCAGGCUACCUUACGGCGAUGAAGCGAGUAUGCAGGAAGUACGGCGUGCUCUUGAUUCUGGAUGAGGUCAUGUGUGGCAUGGGUCGCACCGGCUAUAUGCACGCAUGGCAAGAAGAGGAUGUUGUCCCCGAUAUCCAAUUGGUAGGCAAGGGCAUUGCGGGCGGCUAUGCAGCCCUCUCCGCGAUGCUGGUCGGGCCACUCAUCGUGGAUGCCAUGGGAGACAACGCCUUUUCCCACGGCCAGACGUUUCAGAAUUUCCCGACUGCUUGUGCUGCCGGAAUGGCAGUUCAAGAGAUUGUCCGAGACGACAACCUUCUAGAGAAUGUUCGGGACAAAGGGGACAAGCUCAUGCAGAAGUUGCAAGCUCGUUUGGGCGACCAUCCCAAUGUUUUCGACAUUCGAGGAAAAGGCCUCUUCAUAGGGAUCGAAUUUGUGCAAGAUAAGCACAUCAAGGCAGCUUUCGAUCCGGAAGUGGAAGUGGCUUGGAGGGUACACGAGCUUGGAUUGAAGGAUGGAUACAAUGUGUACACGUACCCAGGCUCCGGUACCGUUGAUGGCACCCGUGGUGACCACAUCAUCAUCGCCCCUGCAUACAACGUCACUGAUACCGAUGUCGAAUUCAUCGUAGAGCGUGUCAGCAAGACCAUCGUUGACUUCUUUGAGGAGCUCAGCGUCACACCGAAGUUCUAG